AUGCUCGUCAGCCACCGCAAGGCCGGCGCCAACACGGCGCAGAUCUUCCGCGUGACGGCACCGCUGACCGAAGGUGAGCAGCUGACCGAUGGCGCCGACCCGGUCGUGCGUGCGACCUACGAGCCGCGCACCGGGGCUUACAUCGUGUUCGAGCGGGCUGCCGGCGGCAACGAAGUCGGCCAGCUCUACCGCCUGCCGCUCAACGUGGCCGGCGCGCAGCCCGUGCUGCUGACCCACCCCGACGAGCGCCAUGCCUUCAACACCUGGCUGCGCAAGAGCGGCCAGAUGAUCUAUUCAUCGGUGCCGAUCGACCGCACCGCCCAGGGCGGCACGCGCAGCAAGAUCACGACGACCUUCUGGCUGAUGGACCCGCUGCAGCCGGAAGGCCGCCGCAAGCUCGCCGAGCUCGACGGGGGCGGCUGGUCGGCCGGGCGCCCGUCGCCCGACGAGCGUCAGGUGUCGCUGACGCGCUAUCUGUCGGCCAAUGAAUCCCAGGUCUGGCUGAUGGACCUCGCCAGCGGUGCGACGCGCCAGACCCCCGCCGAAGGCGUGCGCCUGACCCAUGCCCUCGUGCUGCCGGCGGGCGGUGCGAGCGGCUCGCUGGCCAACCCGACCGGCUUCGGCAGCUUCACCAGCGGCGUGGCCACGGGCACGACCUUCAACUGGUCGGAGGUGGGCAUCAUCACGCUGACGCCGAGCGUGGCCGAUGCCGACUACCUCGGCACCGGCGACGUGACGGGCACCGCCUCCGGCAACGUGGGCCGCUUCGUCCCGGCCGGCUUCGCGCUCAGCAACCCGGUCGUGACCCACCGUGUCGCGGCGGCCUGCAGCCCGGCUUCCGCCUUCACUUAUCUGGACGAGAACUUCCAGCUGGCCUUCACGCUGACCGCACAGAGCGCCAGCGGCACGACCACCACCAACUACGAAGGCAGCUUCGCCAAGCUGGCACUCGGCACGCCGAACGUGUUCGGCCUGGCCGGCAUCCAGGGCACGACGACGUUCAAGCCCGGCGUGCGGCUCAACCCGGUCAGCUCGGCGGGCACAUGGUCCAAGGGCGUUGCGGCGAACACCACGCUGGUGGCCAACGUGCCGAGGGCGACCUCGGCCGAUGGCCCCUUCGCCACCGCCCAGUUCGGCCUGGCGGCGGUCGACACCGACAGCGUCGGCAUGCGCACGCUGAACCUGGACACCGACAGCCCCGCCAAUGGGGCGGACGCCACACUCGUCGGGUCAAUCCCUCUGCGCCAUGGUCGCUUGCGGCUGCAGAAUGCCAUCGGCGCGGCCAAUCGCGCCCUGGCCCUGCCCGUGGCAGCCCAGUACUGGAACGGCAGCGCCUUCACGACCAACGAUUUGGACUCCUGCACCCGCAUCAACUCGGCGAACCUGAGCUUCGGCAACCUGCGCAAGACGCUCACCACCGCCGACCUCGCGAUGAGCCCCACGUCGGGGUCUUACGCCGACACGCAGCGCUACCUGCAAGCCCUCGAACGCGAACUUCCCGGCCUGCGCUGGGGCGACCUGCGCCUCGUCGGUGGCGACGGGAGCGAGCCUCCCCGGCUGCAGGUGCAGCUGUUCCUGCUGAAGGUGCAACCAUGA